AUGUUUCUGCAGGGCGUUGAGUUGUUGCAAGCAUAUGCCCCGAACAGGGUUUAUGGGCUUCUUGUACACUUCUAUGGGUGGCCUGCAGGUGCCACACGGCGCAGAAUACCGCGAAUACGGCGCAGGCUGCCCAAGGUGCCGCGGAUUGCUUGGACGAGGCAGAUUCUGCCGGGUAAGCCGGUGCGACUCCCGCGCUACAGCGACACGGCCUUGCGUUUGACAGCAAUUUCCGUUCAGCGCCGUGGCAGCUUGGCAGGUCCUCCCCAGGGCCGCAAAGCACGGGAGGACUUUGCCGAAUUGCAGCUGAUCCGCAAGGCUUCGAAAGGAGCGGAGGACCUGCCGGCCAGGCAACGCUUCGCACUUUGGCGGUCACGCCCUGGUCGAUCCCACUUGCAGUUGCAGCCGCUGCGAGCAUUGUUGAACUGUUCCGACUGGAACACCUACUUGAAUGCCGUUGGCUUUCCCUUGUUGGUCCUUGGCUCUCUUGAGGGGGCUUUGACCCCCUUGCACCAGGUCGAGGCCCCAGGCAGCACGACGGUGGACGACCAAACCGGCAUUGUCAGGCCCAGUGACUUGGACGAGUUCUAUGAGGCCGUGGAGGCGCACUUGCGCCAGCACGGUCGCACGCCUUUGCGUCGGCUGGGGAUGCUGGUGGCCCUACCACCAGGUCGAAAUCUCAAGCUGAAGAAGCUACUGAUGGAGCGCCGGGACAAGUUCAUACUGGACCUCUAUGGUGGCGUGGAGAUCAACCACUCGAGGCGCUGGCGCUGGUCCUCCCAGGGGAUGGUGACGAAACGCCGCAGAGCGACGGCGAUGACAGCACUGCCCCACAGCCCGCUGUAA